CACCCACCAUCACAGAGAGAAAGAGAGAGAGAGAGAGAGAGAGAGAGAGAUGGGUAGAGCGUGAGAGAGACGGGUAGAGCGAGAGAGAGACGGGUGGAGAGAGCAAGACACAGAGGAGAAAAGACGCAUCAACAUUCGAGAGAGAGAGAGAGAGAGAGAGAGAGACGGAUGGACGACUUGGGGAAACGAGAAAGAGAGAGAUAAUAAAAGAGAGAAAAUUAAAGGAAGAAUGAAUGACAAAAAAACAACGGCCUGAAGUAGAAAGAGAGAGAAACGAGAGCGAGACUCAGAGAGGAAGAAGAGGAGCGACAGACGAACGGCUGAAAGAGACGAGAGAGAGAAAGAGAGAUACAGUGAAGAACUUCACGAAAUCGAACGAGAGAGAGAGAGAGAGAAAGAGUUUAUUAGCGUGUUAGGAAGCAGACAUCGUAGCAGGUGUGUGUGUGUGUGUGUGUGUGUGUGUGUGAGAAAUAACAUUAGCGGCUCUGUAUCUCUGAGUCACCAGAGUGUAACUAAUGUGUGUUCACAAAGGGGAGUUUAGCGUGUAGCCAAGUCGCUAACAUUAGCAGGUGUUGAAUGUGUUAGCCUGUUAGCACACAGUGUCUAGUUCUCUCCUUUGUGUGUGUGUGUGUGUGUGUGUGUGUUUGUGGUGUAUGUGUGUGAGGUGUUUGUCAGACUUCAGUGGACAUUAUUUGUGUAACUUUCUUUGUAGCAGUUGAUGUUGAUGUUAAAGCUAGCGUGGUCUGGCGUUUCAGCUACCUGAGGCUCGGAGCUUAGCGCACUUGGUUAAAGCUCAGGUUCUUUCAGGAGCGUUUAGCAUUUCGUUUACGUUUCUGCUCCAGUUCUCAAAGUUAUUUAAGACUUGAAUCUGUGCUAGAGAUUAUUUUCAGGAGAUUUUAUGUACAGAUGGUGUUUAUUUUAUUUUGUAGGUGAUUUUUUAGCUGCAUUUCUUCCUGUAUUUAUGGUUUAAUUUAUUACCUGGGUUUAUCUGGUGAGUGAGGUGUGUUGGAGGUUGUGUUGGAGGUUGUGUUGGAGGUUGUGUUGAAGGUUGUGUUGAAGGUUGUGUUGGAGGUUGUGUUGGAGAUUAUUAGGUGGUGUUAUUCUGAGGGUUUGACAUGGAGCUGUGGAGACAGUGUGCCUCCUGGCUGAUUCAGUGCCGAGUUCUUCCUGAGAACCACAGAGUCACCUGGGACAGCGCACAGGUGUGUGAGUUAGCCCAGGCGCUCAGAGAUGGAGUUCUUCUGUGUCAUUUGCUGAAUAAUCUCUAUCCUCACUCCGUCAACCUGCGGGAGAUCAACCUGCGUCCUCAGAUGUCUCAGUUCUUGUGUUUAAAGAACAUCAGAACAUUUCUGACUGUGUGUCACGAGCGCUUUGGGAUCAAGAAGAACGAACUGUUCGAAGCCUUCGACCUUUUUGAUGUCAGAGAUUUUGGCAAGGUGAUUGAGACUCUGUCCAUCCUCUCUCAGACGCCCACAGCGGUUCAGAGGGGUUACAGGCCGUUUCCUAAUGAAGUGUGUGUUGGAGAUGACGACAUCUACAACGGCCUCUCUGACCAGAUGGAUGACACAGUGGAUGAGGAUGAUGAUCUGUAUGACUGUGUGGAGGAUGAAGAGAAUGAAGGAGACGACAUCUAUGAAGAUCUGAUGAGAACAGAGGAAACACCAGAGACACAACAGAAAUGUGAAGUGGACAAGAGAGGCUGCUGCCUUCAGGAGAUCAGUCAGACUGAGGAGAAAUACACACAGACCCUGGAAUCUAUACUACAGCACUUUAUGAAGCCCCUGCAGGCUUUCCUUGGCCCAGCUGACAUAGAGAACAUUUUCAUGAAUGUAGAGGAGUUAGCUAAUACACACCGUCGGUUGCUGAGAGAGGUCCAGACAUCGAUAUCUUCUUAUGGAGCAGAGAAUCUUUACCAGGUCUUCAUCGAUUACAAAGAGAAGCUGUUGCUGUACGGUCGAUACUGCAGUCAGGUCGAGUCGGCGACCAAACAACUGGACAAACUGGCCAACUCCAGAGAAGACGUCCGGAUGAAGCUGGAGGAGUGCUCUAUGAGGGCGAAUAGCGGCCGCUUUUCUCUCAGAGACCUGCUGAUGGUGCCCAUGCAGAGAGUGUUAAAGUAUCACUUGCUGCUGCAGGAACUUGUGAAGCAUACGGUGAAUUCCAAUGAUAAAGAAAACCUUCGCACUGCACUAGACGCCAUGAGGGAUCUUGCUCAGUGUGUGAAUGAGGUGAAGAGGGAUAACGAGAUCAUUCGUCAGAUCACCGCCUUUCAGCUCUGUAUCGAGAACAUGACUCAGUCCCUGGCUCUUUAUGGACGCCCCAAGAUAGAUGGAGAACUGAAGAUCUGCAGCCCAGAUAAGAAAUCCAAACAGGACAGGUAUGCGUUCCUCUUUGAUAAAGCCCUGCUGGUGUGUAAGAAGCGCAGCGGUGAGAGCAUGGAGCUGAAAGAGCUGAUCGACCUGCAGCACUUCCAAGUGAGAGACGAACCGUCCGGAGACAAAGAAAACAAAAAGUGGACACAUACCUUCUUGCUGAUGGAUUCUUACGGUCAAGGUGGUUAUGAUCUGUACUUCAAGACCCGUGAGCUGAAGAAGAAAUGGCUGGAACAGUUUGAGAUGGCUCUGUCCAACAUGUGUCCAGAGAACAAUACAGCCAACGGCCACGACUUCCAAAUGUACUGUUUUGAGGACACCACUUCCUGUAAAGCCUGUCAGAUGUUGCUGAGAGGAAUCUUCUACCAGGGUUACCGCUGCACCCGCUGUAAAAUGGCCGCUCACAAGGAGUGUCUCGGACGAGUUCCUGUGUGUGGACGCAACGCAGAAAACUCUGUGAAAAAGAGCAAGUCGAGAUCUCAGAGACAGACGAAACCCGUUCUUCCUAAGAUGGAGGUGUGUAACGAUUACUACGGCAUGCCCCCGCCCCCUGUGGCUUUCGGCCAACCGCUGCAGCUCACUGUGGGUGAUGUCAUAGAGCUGACGCGUGCUGACGCGGACCUGCAGUGGUGGGAGGGCAGGAAUCUGGCGGUAGGUGAGGUCGGCUGGUUCCCCUGCAGUAAAGUUCAACCCUUCUUACCGAGACCACCUCCUGACCUCACAGGAUUUCUCUGGUUUGCUGGUAACAUGGACCGUUCUGAGGCCAAGAGUCUCCUAAUGCCUCGAUCUGAUAGUACAUUCCUGAUCCGGCAAAAGGAUGGAGGAGAGUUUGCCAUCAGCAUCAAGUUUAACAUGGAUAUCCGGCACAUUAAGAUCACUCUAACUGAAGGUCUCUACAGAAUCAACGACCGCAAAGCCUUUAAAGGGCUCAUCGAACUGGUUCAGUAUUAUCAGGAGAAUUCUCUGAAGGAGUGUUUUAAAGAUGUGGACACUCGUCUGAUGACUCCUUUUAAGAAUCCAGAGCAGAGUGUGUCGUCGCAUUCGCACUCAUACACACACACACCUACCAGAGGGAUGAGUGAGCGAUAUUUCGGCACGGCUAAAGUGCGCUACGAUUUCUCAGCGCGGGAUCGGACUGAGCUGUCUCUCAGAGAGGGAGACACGGUGAAGAUCAUCUCCAAGAAAGCUCAUAACGGCUGGUGGAAAGGAGAGGUUUACGGACGGGUCGGACUGUUUCCUGCGAACUACGUAGAGGAGGAACAUUCAGACUACUGCUGAUUCUGAAUCAUUAACCUCUACACACAGUUUAGUGAUUUACUGAAUCAUUUAGUGACCAAGGAAUCAGUAAGAGUGUGAGACACGAGUCUAAAGACAUAAAUAAUUGAGUCCUUAAAUGACUCUUAAAAUUGAUCUGCUUGAAUAAGAUUCAUGAAUCAUUUAGACACUAAAUGAUUCUUUGAACAUGUCUGAGUGUGUUCAUUGAUUCACAUAGUGGUGAAUCUUUCUCUCUAAUGUUUCUUUCCUCCUUCUGAUUCUCUGAUUUAUUUUUCAUAUUAAAUGAUUCUGAAUUGUUUAUAUUUGACUCCAAAAAUGAUUCAUGAAUCAAUGGUUCAUUCAGAAAUGACUCUUUAAGUUAUUUUUUUUAUUUCUGAAUCCAUUUAAAGACCUUCUUAAAGAACUUCUUAAAGCUAGCGGGUUUCAUGUGACAGAUUUCAUUUUAGGAAAAUUUUAUUGGUUGAAUGUUGUUUUUUUAAUGUGCUAUAGAAAAGGAAGUUAAUAGAAUAAGAAAAUUGUACAGUGUUCGUGAAAUGCGUUUUUUUUUUCAUAAAGCUUAUUUACCUUUCUGAUCUG